GCCGAAUCUAGGAGGUGCAUCUAUGCCAGCCGGACGUCCAGUAAAGUCUCCGAUCCUGGGGAAGAUUUAAAUACUUGGUCAUCCCUACCCGCUGCGAACCGAGUCUACUCCCGUUCUCACCUUCACGAUGGGCAAUGUACCUCUUGACCAAAUCACUCUCAUCUCUAUGGUCGUCCAAACAUUUCUUUUCGGAAUCUUUACAGCCAUGUUCGGAGAAGCCCUGCGACCUAUUCUCUCCAGAAAUGUGGUGGAGAAGAGGAACGUCAGUCUGGUAUUGCCGACAGUCUCGGUCAUAUGGCUAUUCGCCCUAGCCCAUUGGAUUAUAGACAUCGUCCGCUUGCAACUCGCGUUUCUGGGACCCCGUCCUGAUCCUAUAGCAUUCUUGUCGGACCUCUCGACGGCGACCGAAGUAUCCAAGAUCGGGAUGAAUGUAACGGUCACUCUGCUUGCGGAUUGCUUCAUGAUAUAUCGUUGCUGGGUGGUCGCGCACAAGUCUUUUCCUGUCAUCAUCGUCCCUACGGCACUUUGGUUGGCGGCUGGAGUUUCUGGCUCCGUCGCAACACGACUACUGUUUCAGCUGCACACGGAUCGGCAAGGGUUUCUCAACAACCUUUCCCCAUGGUUUACGACAUUCUUUUCCGCAACGUUAGCUGCCAACGCAUUCUGCACCCUGUACAUUGCUUAUUGUGUUUUUCGCUCGCAAUUAGCUGUACGUGGCUCUCAGAAACUUUCAAGUCCAGUAUUAUCUGUGGUGAUUAUAUUUCUCGAGUCGGCCGCACUGUACUCAAUCGCCUUGGUGGCCUUGCUGAUAACGUUCCAACUGGAUACUAAUGGCCAGUUUGUCAUUGUGGACUCCAUCUGCGCUUUAAUCGGCAUCACUUUCAGCAUGAUCAUCUUGCCUACAUUGAGUCGUUCGCAAUCUCAGGCAAGCGGGUCCAGAUCGACGCGUCCCGUUCCCCGGGUGGCUGUCGAGGGUGUCAGUGUGUCGAGACUGGUGGAAGUGGUCUCCGACGAUUACGAGAUGAACUCUCUGCCUUCAUGCAAGCAUGUCGGCGUUGCUUGAGCGGAGAUAGUUGCUAUGAUGCUCGACGUGACCGGUGCCGUCAAGUAGAUCCUUGUUGCGAUUGUCCG